AUGACCAUGGAAUCUGGAGCAGAGAACCAGCAGAGUGGAGAUGCAGCUGUAACAGAAGCUGAAAACCAGCAAAUGACAGUUCAAGCCCAGCCACAGAUUGCCACAUUAGCCCAGGUAUCUAUGCCAGCAGCUCAUGCAACAUCAUCUGCUCCCACCGUAACAUUAGUACAGCUGCCCAAUGGGCAGACAGUUCAAGUCCAUGGAGUUAUUCAGGCGGCCCAGCCAUCAGUUAUUCAGUCUCCACAAGUCCAGACAGUUCAGUCUUCCUGUAAGGACUUAAAAAGACUUUUCUCCGGAACUCAGAUUUCAACUAUUGCAGAAAGUGAAGACUCACAGGAGUCAGUGGAUAGUGUAACUGAUUCCCAAAAACGAAGAGAAAUUCUUUCAAGGAGGCCUUCCUACAGGAAAAUUUUGAAUGACUUAUCUUCUGAUGCACCAGGAGUGCCAAGGAUUGAAGAAGAGAAGUCUGAAGAGGAGACUUCAGCGCCUGCCAUCACCACUGUAACGGUGCCAACUCCAAUUUACCAAACGAGCAGCGGACAGUACAUUGCCAUUACCCAGGGAGGAGCAAUACAGCUGGCUAACAAUGGUACCGAUGGGGUACAGGGCCUGCAAACAUUAACUAUGACCAAUGCAGCUGCCACUCAGCCGGGUACUACCAUUCUGCAGUAUGCACAGACCACUGAUGGACAGCAGAUCUUAGUGCCCAGCAACCAAGUCGUUGUUCAAGCUGCCUCUGGAGAUGUACAAACAUACCAGAUCCGCACGGCACCCACAAGCACCAUUGCCCCUGGCGUGGUUAUGGCGUCCUCCCCAGCGCUUCCCACGCAGCCUGCUGAAGAAGCCGCGCGGAAGAGAGAGGUGCGCCUCAUGAAGAAUAGGGAAGCAGCACGAGAGUGUCGCAGAAAGAAGAAAGAAUAUGUGAAAUGUUUAGAAAACAGAGUGGCAGUACUUGAAAACCAAAACAAGACACUGAUUGAGGAGCUAAAAGCACUUAAGGACCUUUACUGCCACAAAUCAGAUUAGUUUGGGAUUUAAAUUUCACCUGUACGGUGGAAAAAGAACUGACUUGGCCACAACCAGAGAGACAAAAUAAACAUUUUAUUUUCUAAACAUGUCUUUUUUUCUAUGCGCAAAACUGCCUGAAAGCAACUACAGAAUUUCAUUCAUUUGUGCUUUUGCAUUAAACUGUGAAUGUUCCAACACCUGCCUCCACUUCUCCCCUCAAGAAGUUUUCAGCGCCAGGAAUCAUGAAGAGACUUUUCUGCAUUUCAUCCCCCACCCUCCUCAAGAAGUAAUAAUUGGUUUAUUUGUAAAAUGGGGGAAAUGAGGAAAGAAAAUCUUUUAGAAAAUAUUCCAAGGUUAGUGCUGACUGCAUUGAUUGCCUUAGGGACAGAAUUAGUCCAGCCUCUUGAGCUGGAGUGAUGGGCUACAUGCAUAAAGUAAGGUGCAAUGAAGAAGUGUGGUUGCCAAAUUGACAUGUUGUUGUGUUGUCAUUGUGGAUUAUGUAAAAUCAUUAAAAGACUUUCCCCCCUAAAAAGGAUUUUAGUAUGGUGUUGAAGAAAUUAAGAAUGAAUUUGGAGUGCUUUUUAUGUAUAUUCUCUUCAGUACUGAAAACUUGUUCUUGAUUCUUAAAAACAUUCUGUAUUAACUACAGUUCUUCCAUAGGGCAGUUGUUGCUUCUUAAUUCAGUUCUGUAUGUGUUCAAUAUUUUUGAAUACAUUAAAAGAAGUAACCAACUGAACAAAAAAAGCAUGGUAUUUUAAUUUUAAGUUAAAAUUAAGUAAAUACAACAAGUACAAAGCUUGUUUCAGUUAGUAUUAAAUUCUUAGUAAAAAGAUGCUCUUUACUCAAACCAGCCCUCUGAGUUAUAUGACAAGGUUUUUAAAUAAAUGUUUUUGUCAUCGCCUUCAAAAAUAUUUAUAUUGUCAAUCAUUUACUUAAAAAAUUUUCUAAUUAAAUGGUUCCCAUUUGCACUUACAUUAUACCACCAACAGGAAAGCCUUCAAGAUGUUAAGUAAAGCAAAGUGAUGUAUUUGUCUAUAAAAUGUUAUGUUGUAGAAAAGUACUUAUUUUAAAUUUUUUUCAUAUUAACACACUUUUAACAGUAUCUCUAGUGACUUUUUUAAUGGAGAAGUUGUAAGGUAUAGCUCUAAAAAGUACACUAUCACAUGUGGUGAGGAAAGUCAGUUUCUUCAGACAUAUGUGAAUGAAUGACUGCUGUAACUACAACAUCGAAUAUCAUUCUUGGAAAGCAUUGUUGUUUUCUUCUGAAAAGGAUAAUUGUGCUUUAGACUUCCAAUAUGCUAUAUAGUCUUUGUCAUUCUAUAAAGGGGAUACAUUUUUAACUCCUAAUUAUAACAGUCUGUGUUUGUAUGUAUCAUACAUUGUUUUCAUUACUACUUUUUAUUAUUAAUUAAUCAUUUUAUUCACUAAGCCUGAUAAAUCUAAAAGUAAUCCUUUAAAAGAAAAAUAAGACUAAAAAAGACUAAAGUGGACUUUAAAAAUUAGAGAUCGACAUGUUAGAUAUAAUUUUUCACUUGAGAAGAUUAUUUCUUUGUAAAAGUCUAGAAAAUUAAUGUUUUAUAUUUAGUCAUGGUUAUUUUUUAAAGUUGUUAAUGUGUUAAAAUAUGCAGGUGGAUGUUAAUUAUUGGGUCCAGUUUGAAAAGAUUUUAAAUUAAUAUUUGUAAAUGGUAUAUUUUUGUUUGUAACAAACCAUUGUCUUUUUUCAAGGAUGAACAGUCUAUGAAAGAGCGUCAUUCUAAGAGUUGAGUGGUGUAGUAUAUUUGGACAAUACGUCAGGUUCUCAAGAAGGCUUUCAAACGACUGUAGCGUUUGAUGUUUAUCCUGCUGAGCUAACGGGGAAAGUUAUAGCAUGAAAGUUAUUUGUAUAGUAGCACACUUACGUCAUUUUCCAAAACUGGUUUAACAGAAACCAAGCAAAAUUACAAAUCUAUUCACCAACUAGAAUCCUUUCAUAAUGAGUCGAAAUGUCAAAGUGAACAUUUUGAAUGUCAUAAGGCUUUGUAAAUGAAAAUUGCCUAGUAUUUAGCAAGUUGUAAACUAAAGUUAAACGUUUUUUCAAAAGUUGGGGCUUUCUGUCUCAUCAGAAAGUCGGUGGUCCUCUUAGUCCCUGAUACAUCAAGGCGCAACCACCUCCAUAUUAGUUGGUUGAGUUUGUAAGUUACAAAGAUGGAGUCCUUCCUACCUUGGGGAUGAUUGCACUGGUUUGGUCAGUUACUUGAUGGUGAAGUAAGAAAUGUAUUCUGUUGAUAAAUCUGUUUGAGACCCUUGGAGAGACUUGAAGAUUUCAGUUUAUACAGAUAGAAAUUAAGCAUCUUUUGUGCAGACUUUUUUUUUUUAAACAAGCAUUGGGGGAAAGGUGUUUGUUU